AUGGCUGCUGCUGGGAGCAUACGUCCUGGCCGCUUCGCUCAACCUGGCCUCAGCUCAAGUUCCACCAACAGGAAGCCCCCCACCUCUGCAAGGCCCUCCGGUGACUACCCCUCCCGCUAUUUCCCCUCCCCCGGGGACCAGCCUUCUCUCCCCUUCGCCUCCCCCCCUUACAACCGCGCCUACAACACCCCAGCCUCCUACACCCCCCCCUCAAGUACAGCUUCAAGCGGCUCCCCACCCCCCCAAAGCGGACAAGCCCAAACUCCUUUGCAAGCCAACUCCCCAACUCCAGUGCUCCAAUCUUCCGUACCCUCAAGUCCUUCGACGAGACUCUCUCCUUCUGCGAGCACUACUCCCACUCCCCUUCCUACUAGCACCAGCGGCUCUCCCCCUUUGAAUGGUAACCCGCCGCCUGAGGCUGUGCCCUUAUCGUCACCUACCACAUUGCCCACCCCCCCUACUACAUCACCUACCAUGUUGCCCACCCCCCCUACUCAACUCAACAGCCCCCCCUCAACUUCUCUUCCCUCAAAUAGCUCCCCUCCUUCGACUUUUGGACUUGCCUCAUCUCCCACCCCUAACACCAACCUGCCGCCUAAAAUAAGCUCCACCCCCCCAACUCAAUCCGCUUCGCCCUCUUCCGCUCCGACACUCAACAUGCUACCGCUUUCUCAACCUUCUUCAAUUCAAGCCAACCCGCCACCCCUUCCCCAGUCUCCCCCGCCCUCCAACAGUCCCGCGCCUUCCCUUUCGCCCCCAAGUUUGCCCACGAACCCGCCUCCGAAGCGCUCUCUCAACCUCCCCCCAAUUCAAGCGAGCCCGCCGAAGGCUUCCCCGCCUCAAAGUUCCGUCGCUGCAUCUUCCCCGCCACCUCAGUUCAAAAGCCCGCCCCCAUUACUUAACCCUCCCCCCCGCAGCGCCCCUUCCCCUCCAAGAGCCGUGCUUGCACAAUCUCCGCCCCCUCAGGCAAUCCCGCCUCCUCCGAUCAUGCGCCCACCAUCUCAGAGCCCCGUUCCUCCCUCACCAGCUUCAGCAGGAACCUCCCCAAUACGGCCCCCCGUAAAUCCCCAACCCAAUGUUCCCCCUAUGCCAUCUCCUCUCCUAUCGCUCCCGGCCCCACCUCCACCCCCUGUUAAGCGGUGUAGAUCCACCGCUGAUUGCCCCGUGGGUAAAGGUUGCUGCACCGAACAAGGUAGCGACAAAGUCGGAUACUGCUCGAGCACGGGCUUCUUCAGCAACGGCACCCAGGAGUGCCCGAACUGCAAUGCCUUCAACGGGCUCAGCUGCCCGGCCAGCAAGAAAGUGUGCUGUCCAAGCGGGCUCUGCGCGGCAAACAACGCGGGCUGCACCUGUCAAUAUUCUGGCGAAUGCCCAUACGGCUUGUGCUGCACGGAAGAGUAUUCCGGCAAAAUAGGAAAGUGCACGAACGCCCCCUUCGACAGCAGCGGCAAGCAGGUGUGUCCAAACUGCAACUAUUGGGAUGUGCUAAGUUCCUGUUACAACAUGCCGAUCCUCGCAAACGGCACACAGAUCUGCCCAGACUGCAAGGACCUAAACGGUCUCAAGUGCCCGACAUCCAAGCCAACGUGCUGCCCGUUGUUGGGAGACUGCGCCAAGAGCCCCACAGAUUGUGGGUGUAAGUACGCAUUCGACUGUCCGUCUGGGUAUUGCUGCACCGAGGAGGGGAGUGGCCAGCUUGGCAAAUGCACCCAAUCGCCCGUCGACCCUGGCACCGGAGCCCAAAUCUGUCCGUUUUGCACCGACCUUAACGGUGCCGCUUGCCCCGCAUCCAAGCCGGUGUGCUGCUCCGCUUAUGGGGAGUGUGCUGCGCCCAGCGUCUGCACCAACACGCCCGUCCUGGCAAACGGGACACAAGUGUGUCAUGAUUGCAUCUACACGAGCUGCCCCGCUGGCAAGAGCAUGUGCUGUCCGUUGGGAGACUGCGCGGCAAACACCAGCGGCUGCAACUGUCGCUAUGCCAGUGACUGCCCGCCCAGUUUUUUCUGCACUGAGGAGAACAGCGGCAACAUCGGGAAGUGCACGAACAGUCCGACAAUGGCCCCCCCUUUGAGCCCCGUGCCUUCUUCCUCUCCCCCAACACCGUCUAAAAACCCACCCCCACCUCGCAAUCCUCCCCCUCUAAGCGGUCCCCCUCCUCCCAAAAUCGCGCUCUCUCAACCUCCCCCACCGCAAGCUAGCCCGCCAAGCAAGAUUAUAAACCCCACCCCGCCGCUCAACCCUCCCCCCCGCGGCGCCCCUCCUCCGCCAAAAGCCGCGCUCACACAACCUCCGCCCGUCAAAGCAAACCCGCCUCCCCAAACCAAAAGCCCGCCCCCACUGCUGAACCCUCCCCCGCGCAGCGUUCUCCCCCCGCCAAAAGCAGUGCUCACACAACCUCCACCCGUCAAAGCAAACCCGCCCCCUUCUAUUCGGCGCCCACCACCUCGGAGCCCCGUGCCUCCCCCACCAGUUUCAAUCAAAAACUCCCCACCACCCCCCCAGCUGAAUCCUCCACCCGCGGUUCUCCAUACCCCAAAUCCCCCCCCCGCGCGCCAGGCCCCACCUCCACCUCCUUUGAAGAGGUGCAGAUCGUCCUCGGACUGCGGCGUGAACAAAGGUUGCUGCACCGAACAAAAUAGUGGCAAACUCGCAACGGAGUGCCCAAAUUGCAACCAGUUCAACGGGCUCAGCUGCCCGGCUAGCAAGAAGGUGUGCUGUCCAAGCGGGCUGUGCGCGGCAAACAACGCCGGGUGCACCUGCCGAUUUUCUUACGAAUGCCCCUCCGGCUUUUGUUGCACGGAAGAGUAUUCCGGCAAAACAGGGAAGUGCACAAACAACCCCUUCAACAGCAGUGGCAAUCAGGUCUGUCCGGACUGCAACUAUUGGGAUGUGCUGACUUGCCCCGCCAACAAACCAGCGUGCUGCGCAUUGGGGCAGUGCGUCGAGUCGGCACCCUCCUGCCCCUGUUCCUACGCCGGUGACUGCCCGUCAAAGUACUGCUGCAGCCACGAGUACGAUAACACGCCUGGCGUCUGCACAAACACGCCCGUCCUCAGCAAUGGGACGCAGGUCUGUCCAACCUGCGGCGACUUCAAUGGCGCCGCUUGCCCCGCAUCCAAGCCGGUGUGCUGCAGCUCCGGUUUCGGGGAAUGCGCUGCCAGUACGAGCGCGUGCAAGUGCAAGUCGCCCACUGACUGCCCCUCCGGGUUCUGCUGCACUGAGGAGUAUAGCGACAACUUUGGCGUCUGUACAAACACGCCCGUCCUUACCAACGGGACGCAAGUUUGUCCAACGUGCUACGACUUCCACGGCGCCGCGUGCCCCACAUCCAAACCGGUUUGUUGUCCCGGUUAUGGGGAAGCUGCCAGUAAGAGCGCUUGCAAGUGCCAGUCGGCUGGUGAUUGCCCCUCCGGCUACUGCUGCACGGAGGAAGAUAGCGGCAACUUUGGCGUCUGCACAAACACGCCCGUCCUUACGAAUGGAACGCAAGUCUGUCCAACCUGCAAGUACUUCAACGGCGCCGCUUGCCCCGCAUCCAAGCCGGUGUGCUGCCCCGGUUACGGGGAGUGCGCCGCCAGUAAGAGCGCGUGCAAGUGCUAUUGGGCCGCUGACUGCCCCUCCGGCUACUGCUGCACUGAGGAAUACAGCGACAAAUUCGGCGUCUGCACAAACACGCCCGUCCUUACCAACGGGACGCAAAUCUGUCCGGCCUGCUACGACUUCAACGGCGCCGCUUGCCCGGCAUCCAAGCCGGUGUGCUGCGAUUACGGUUUUGGGGACUGCGCCACGAGUGAUGGCGCUUGCAAGUGCGUCUGCACCAGUACGCCCGUCCUGGCAAACGGGACACAAGUGUGUCAGGACUGUAACUACGACUUCAACGGCGCGAGCUGCCCCGCUGGCAAGAGCAUGCGCUGUCCGCUGGGAGACUGCGCAGCAAACACCGGUGAUUGCAACUGCCGGUAUGCCAGUGACUGCCCCACCGGUUUCUGCUGCACUGAGGAGAACAGCGGCAACAUCGGCAAGUGCACGAACAAGCCGGUCAAUCACACCGGCAACCAGGUGUGCCCCAACUGCAACGACUUCAACGGACUCCGCUGCCCGGCCGACCGGAAGCUGUGUUGCAGCGGCACGUGCAAGGCGGCGUGCUAG